AAAAAUAAAACAAAAUGCGUCAACAAAGUGAAGAGCGGUCUGCUUUCAUCAUGUGCAUGAAUGUGAUUAACUCAAUAACUCACUGGGUGCUGGGUGCGGUGGCCAUGCUUGCCAUCACCUUAGCCGCAAUAUUCCCUGGAUCGUCACACUUCAUUCAACAUGUGUAUCUUUGUACAAUUGGGUACGUCGUCCUCAUGGCCGAAGCCAUCCUUACCUUCAACCCGAACAACGGCUGGUCGAAAAGCAUGAGGUAUCAAGAUAAGAAGGUCAUCCAUUGGGUGAUGCAGAUCGCCGGGUCUCUCUUAGCUAUUACUGGCAGCAUCAUUCGGAUUGUCAAUGUCACGAAUAAUUUCCACACCCCACAUGGAAUUUUAGGCCUCAUCGCAAUGCUGCUCACUGCCCUCAGUCUUGUUGGAGGCGUCAUCGGCCUCUACAGCAAAACCGCCGCCAUCAAAAUACUACAUUUCUGCGCGGGAUCCUCGACUCUCAUUGCGGCCUUUAUCUGCCUCUGCCUCGGCUUUGACAAAUCAGUGUUUAGGGGCAUAUUUAACGAUACCGUAGCUAAUUUAGCCAUCGCCUUUACAGUUAUCGGUUUAAUAGGUACUUUAUGCUCUGCGGCGAACUCUAAUCUUAAUAGAGUUUUGAAACGAUAG